AUGGCAGCCCUACUCGGAGGCGGCGACGAGGCCUUGGGUCAGUUGGGCCAGUUUCCGUUGGAACAAUGGUUUUUUGAGAUGCCGCCAUGUACCCGAUAUUGGACCACUGCUACGGUCAUCACGUCCGUCCUGUUGCAAUGCAAAGUGAUCACACCUUUCCAACUGUUCUACUCUUUUCCGGCAGUCUAUUAUAAAUCACAGUACUGGCGAUUGUUCACGACCUUCAUAUACUUCGGUCCGCCCUCGCUUGAUCUCGCCUUCCACAUCUUCUUCCUCCAGCGAUAUUCGCGACUGUUAGAACAAGGAUCUGGCCCUUCGCCUGCAGUCUUCUCUUGGUUACUUCUGUACGCCUGCACGUCGCUCCUCCUUCUCAGCACCCUCACAACCUCCAUCCCAUUUCUGGGCUCGGCGUUAUCCAGUACUCUGGUGUACAUUUGGUCGCGCCGGAACCCCGACACACGCCUCAGCUUUAUUGGGGUGCUUGUGUUUACUGCGCCAUACCUGCCAUGGGUUCUAAUGGGGUUCCACAUGUUCAUGCACGGCAGCAUUCCCAAGGAUGAGAUUCUUGGUGUAGUGGUCGGCCACAUCUAUUAUUUCUUUGCGGAUGUAUGGCCGGGCUUGCACGAGGGCCAAAGGCCAAUGGAUCCUCCAGAGUUCUGGGUGCGGCUGUGGGAAGGUCGGCGUGGAGAGACAGGCGUGCGAAACAUCGAGGGAGACGUAGCUGCCGCUGCUGCACGACCAGGCGAGGUACGAUGA